GCGUGACACUGGCUCGCGCGUUCACGUCUCAUCGCUCGCAGCGGCUCUUGUUGACAAGACAGGAGACAUCACACGCACCUUCCUCUCCAGGAGGUGUCCACGCAGGUUAGAAAAAGACUCUUCGGGAGGCUCCGGAAGCGUCCAGCAGGAUUGUCCGCGUCGGUUUGCCCGGUGCUUGAUCCAGCAGCAAGCGAGGAGGAGAGGAGCAGCCAGGCGGGGGGGCCAUGGAGGGGAUGCAGGCGUACGGAGCCGGGAAAGCCGGAGGAGCCUUCGACCCCGUCACCUUCUUCCAGCAGCCUCAGACCAUACUCCGCAUUGUGUCGUGGCUCUUCUCCAUCGUCAUCUUCGGCUGCAUCGCCAACGAGGGUUACAUCAACCGGCCCAACGAGGUGGCGGAGUACUGCAUCUUCAACCGCAACCAAAACGCCUGCAACUAUGGCGUCUUCAUGGGCUCCAUGGCCUUCUUGUGCUGCAUGGCUUUCCUGGCGCUGGACAUCUACUUCCCCCAGAUCAGCAGCGUCAAAGACCGCAAGAAGGCGGUACUGGCUGACAUCGGCGUGUCAGCGUUCUGGUCCUUCAUGUGGUUUGUGGGCUUCUGCUUCUUGGCCAAUCAGUGGCAGGCCACCGACCACGAAGAUGACCCGCUGAGGGAGGGCGAGGAUGCCGCACGGGCUGCUAUCACUUUCUCCUUCUUCUCCAUCUUCACUUGGGGCGCCCAGGCUCUGUUCUCCAUGGAGAAGUUAAAGAAUGUGUCCUUUGAGGAGGAAUACACCAAGCUGUUCCCGCCGCAGCCUCAUCAACCGCCGCUGAUCUGAAAGAUGCUGUCCCCCCCCCCCCCCGAAAAAGGAGGAAGUGAAUUACAGUUUUCCAAAAGAAAUGUUUGGCCUCUCAUUUUGUUUCCAAUGAUUUCACCUGCUGACCGCCAACAUCGCGGGUGUCCAAAAAGGAUGAAGUUUUAUGCACUGCGGCACUGUAGCUCUUCAAUAAUGCAUCAUGUCCCUGUGCCGGUGCUGCUGAGGUGGUGCCGCCCCCCUCCCCCCGACCCCAUGCCUGAGUAUUACUAACCUGCUUUGACCGAACUCUUGCUAAUAAACUUUGCAAGCUUUCUAGCUGACUAAUCAAUGUUUUCCCUCUCUGUUCUUCUCUGCUAACACACCUUCAUCUUCCUCUUCAUUAUCUUCAUCCAUCCUCUGCACCCCCCCCCCAACUCCUCCUCUCUCUGUCUGC